AUGGAUGGAGUAAACCAGGUAGACAGUUUGGACGCUCGUCUUCAAGUCCUCGAACAGCGCGUUUAUGGUGAAAAGGGGAACCGGAAUAAAUCGGCGAAGUGUGCCGAAACGCUUGCGAAGAUCAACGCGACGCUUGCAAAUACGGCCAACAAGAGGGAACGUGUUAAGAUUCUCCACAAGAAGAUUGAAGAUUUGUUGAGGUACUUGGAUCCUCAGUUCACUGAUUACAUCGCUGUUCCUGAUGCUAUGAAACUGGAACUCGUAUUAGCAGAGGAGGAAUUCCUGCGUUCUCAGGCCGGAUUACUCGAGCAGGUGCAUAACCUGCAGCCUCUCCUAGAUAGCAACCACAUCAAAGCUGUUCCAGAACUUGCUACCAAACUCCAGCGUUUGUCACAAAUUCACAUAAACCAAGAGGACCAAAAUGAAGAGCUGUCUGCCGAGGUCAGGAAGCUCUUUGAGGAAUACAACAAGUUGAUGUUCCUUUUGUCUAAACAGUUCGCCCAGUGGGACGAGACCAUCCGGAGAUUGGAAGGACCAAAACAAGAACAGAAAGCAGAGUAGUGAUUUAAUUCCAGGAAUCUGCUUAAUGUCCCUCAUGCGUGUCUCUUUUUUUCACGUAUUGUUUUUCCUUGGCUGAAGCAACUAAAAUGAAUAAACACUACCAAAAUAAGUAUUCCUGAUGAAAAUUGCAAAUCCAUUUAUCCAAAAAAAAAAAAAAAAAACGCAUUCUUUUUUUCCUGCAGUGUACUGUUUAUUUAAAACGAUUAAUUGAUUCCUCGGGUUAUAUGAGAUACAUAGGAAAUGUGUGUAGUGCAUGCUUUGCAAUAGGUAUCUUCUUUUUUUUAAACAUCUUAGUAAUAUUUAAAAUACAAAUGUUAACAGUUGUUGACAAACAGUGAAAAUAGUAUG